AUGGCGCAGCCGUGGGACUACAUAGCGAAGAUUGUAUCGUUAGGCGAUUCAGGAUGUGGUAAAUCAAGUCUAACAGUUCGCCUCUGCGAAGGCCGCUUCUCACCACACCACGACGUAACUAUCGGCGUAGAGUUCGGAUCGCGCAUCGUUCCUGUCGGCCCACCAGCAUCGCAUUCCCUGAGCAUCAACAACCCCUCCAAAUCCUCACAAGCACAAGCGCCCGUAUCGCCGUCGAAACAAAAGCAGGAGCAAAAGCACAUGAAGCUUUCGCUAUGGGAUACAGCAGGUCAGGAGACGUACAAGAGCAUCACGAGAAGUUAUUUCCGGGGCGCAUCGGGCGCGCUGCUAGUAUUCGAUAUAUCGCGGAAGAACACGUUCCUCUCCGCCACGUCAUGGUUGCACGACUUGCGGCAAAUCGCCGAGGAAGGCAUCGUCGUGGUGCUCGUGGGCAACAAGUCUGAUCUCGCGGGGUCGUCUACCGUAACUGAUUCGGACGCCGCGAACAAGCGACAAGUCACAAAAGAAGAGGCUGAGGAGUGGUGUAAAGCGAAUGGCGUCAUGCAGUACGUCGAGACGAGCGCCAAGAGCGGAGAAGGUGUGGAACAAGCCUUUUUGGAAGUCGCAGAGCGGAUAUACCAAAAUAUAGAAGCUGGCAAGUACGACUUGAACGAUCGAAGGAGUGGAGUCAAGGGGCCGGGAGGCGGAGCGAAUAGGGCAGGCGUCAACCUGAAUGACGCGAGUAAAAAGGGAAAGCAACAGGGCUGGGGCGGCUUUUCGCUUGAGGGUACCGUGACCCAGUACAUCUUGGAAACGAUGCGCUUCCUAGUAGUACUCCUCCUUUGGCUCAGCACCAUAGCUGCCGCUUUCCCAGUUGGCUCUCACGUCGUCCACGAGAAGCGAGAGGCGGACCCGAUAGGUUGGGAUAGAGACUCACGUGCAUCAAGGGAUGCAGUACUGCCGGUGCGAAUCGCGCUGAAGCAGCAGAACUUGAAGCAUGGCGAACUCUCACUCCAAGACAUGCAUAAUCGAACCUCACCCAAUUUCCGAAAGCGCUGGACGGCCGAGCGAGUCCACAGUACAUUUGAGCCUCAUCCAACAACGACAAACGCGACUCUCGACUGGCUCCAUGCAGCUGGAGUUGAGGACAGUCGCAUCACGUUCUCAGCUAGACGGGAUUGGAUCAUGUUCCUAGCCACUAUUGGUGAGGUUGAGGACCUAUUUCAUACGAAGUAUUACAACUUCCAUGAAAAGGAAUCUGGCGGUCUUCGCAUGGCAUGCGACGACUACAAACUUCCACAGCACGUUCGCGAACAUGUCGACUACAUCACGCCCACAAUACAGCUCGACGGCUUACGUCCAAUGGCUCAUGUACAAACAGCGACGAAGCCCAUGGCUAUUGCUGAUCAUAUCACUGCCCAUGGUGGUGCGGAUGACCUGUCGACCUGUCACAUUCUUUUUACUGUCCAUUGCUUCCGCGCUCUGUACGGCGUUCCCGUUGCCAGUCACAACAAUACCGGAAAUGAGCUUGGUAUUUUCGGGCUUGGUAACUAUCUCUAUCUUCCAGACUUCAAAGAAUACUUGAGAAACUGGACGUCCCCUCGGAUUCCCCUGGAUGUUGAGCCAGAAUCCGUCUACGUUUAUGGUGGCAAACCCGGAGAUCUGUCUCUGGCAGAAGCUGACAAGACAGGUGAGACUGCUUUGGACGUUCAGGCCUCGACCUCCAUCAUCUACCCUCAAAAAGUACGAUUCUAUCAAAUUGGCCAGUCGAAGUUUAUUAACGGUUUCGAUUUAUUUCUGGACGCGUUGGAUCCUACAUACUGUACCCACCCGGGCGGCAACGAGCAGUACCUUGGCCCGGGAUUCCCCGAAAACGAUGAAGGAGAAGGCACAAAGAACGGACCAUGCGGAGGUGCGCCAAUGAGCAACGUCAUCUCCAUCUCAUACAGCUUUUUGGAGAGCCAGCUCUCUCGUGCUUACCUUGAACGCCAAUGUCACGAGUACAUGAAGCUGGGGUUGCAAGGCGUCACCAUCGUUGCCGCAUCAGGAGAUAUUGGCGCUGGGUCUUCCGACCAGCAGUUCGCACCAUCAUUCCCUUGCACAUGCCCUUAUGUCCUUUGCGUCGGCGCCACAACAUUGCAAGAUGGUACCAUUGCCGGCGGCGAAAUGGCAGCCACGUUUUCCGGCGGUGGAUUUUCCAACGUCUUUCCCCGCCCAAGCUACCAGGACGACGCUGUCUCGGGCUGGCUUUCCAACUCAGCACCGGCAUACGGAGAAGGGCGCUAUAAUCGCUCAGGUCGCGCAUACCCAGAUGUCGCAGUCAUUGGCGUCAACUACCCAGUAGUGAUUCUCAAUACCACGAGACCUGUGAGUGGUGCGUCGGCUUCUGCACCCGGCUUUGCCAGCGUGAUCAAUAUGAUCAAUGACGAGCGAUUGGCGGAUGGCAAAGAACCACUUGGCACUUUGAACUGGGACAUAUACGACAAUCCGGAGAUGUUCAAUGAUAUUCUUGUGAGAUACAAUCCGGGAGGCGGUAUGGAUGGCUUCCCAGCGGGUCCGGGAUGGGAUAUGGCUUCGGGACUCGGGAGUCCGCAGUAUGAUAAGAUGCGGGAAGUGUUAUUGUCAGAUCUGUGA